AUGACUUUCAACUCUCCAUUUGCUUCCUCAGUUGCGACUUCUGGGAAGGGGGAAGUGGUACUUGCUGUAUUGCCUCCAGCUAACCCGGUCCUUAAAACAUUGACCUAUAAAUACCCUCUCAAGCUCCUGUCCCGUUCGCCGAGCUUUUUCCCUGAGCAAUCGGUUCUUGCAGAAACAUCGAGCGUCACAAAACCAAUUCAUCUGUAUCUGUUGACAUAUGGUGGUGGCCUUCUUCCCGGUGAUCACAUUGAUGUUUCGAUCACUUUAGAUCCACGAGCUCGACUGGUAGUAACUACUCCCCAGGGAAGUACCAAGAUUUUCAAAACAGUACCAGCUCAGGGAAAUACAACCAAGGAUCAAGAAACUUCAACACCGAACGACGAUAGAAGCCGCCAGACGUUGAAUGUUUUUAUUGGAAGCCAGGCGGGCCUCUGCUACCUUCCUGACCCUUCAGUCCCGUUCAAAGAUAGUCGGUAUGAACAAAUUCAACUCUUCACGAUCGACGGGUCUCAAAAGGACAAGGAGAGAAGCAGUUUCUGUGCCUUGGAUUGGGUUACCCAGGGGCGUACCUCGCGCGGAGAAAAUUGGGAUUUCAGCUUAUGGAAAGGCCGCAGUGAAGUCUGGUCUGAAGAUAGAGAGACCGGUAAACGGCGUCUCUUGUUGCGUGACGCCGUCAUCCUAGAUGACGAGUCAGGAAGUCAUCCGCCAAAAAAUAGUGGAACUGAAAGUGAAACGGGCGGCCUGAUCCGAGAGAGGACGUACCCGCAUGGAAUUAUAGGCACCCUCAUUUUGUACGGACCGAUAUUUGACCAGCUGGGCUCUUUCAUUAUGAACAUGUUCACAUCACAGCCUCGCAUUGGAGGGCGAAAUUGGUCAUCUGCGCCAGCAGAUGCCUCAGUAGCGUCUGUGAAACAAAGUCAAGUUGUAUGGACAGCAGCUCGUGUUCGCGCAGGAUUUGUUCUAGUCAAGUUCGGAGCGAAAGAUUUUGAGACUGCCCGGGAGUGGCUGGGUCAGUUGAUUCGUGAAGAGGGUAGCAUUGCCCGAGAGUUUGGGGAAGAGGCAUUAAUAUGUCUUUAG